AAGAGAGGGAGAGGCACGCGGUGUAUGAUACACAUGGCUUGCGGCGGCGGAGGAAUGAGCGAGUUUCCUGUUAUUUAAAUGUGCGCUCGGUCUUACAGCACGUCCCUUAAUUACGUUUCGAGCAAGAAAGGACACCUUUCUGUGGCGUGUAUAGGAGCGAAUAAGGGGCUGCGUGGACUGACGAAACGUCCAACGACGGAGUGUACAGUUUGAAAAUGUGGUUGAGCAACUUCCUUAAAGUCUCGAAGCACAAACGUGUCAUGCUUGCAGCGCUGACACUUUAUGUGCAUCACAUGGCCUAGAUACGGCUUCGGUGGACUCGUUUAAGGUGUAAUAUAAACCAUAAUAUAAAAGCACCAUCCUUGUGAAUCAGAGGGCGUGGAUUGAAGAUUGAAACGCUUUGUUCUGCGAGACCCCUCCUCGCCUGACAGGGCGGAAGGUACGGAGUGCAGUAUGGGUCAAUCCCCUUCCGUAUCGCCGUGCUCCUCCAUCGUCUCGGCUAAAGCGAAAGGAAAAUCGGUGGAGACGGCAGCGAGGCGAAUGAGAAUACGAAGAAUAACAAGCGAGGAGCAAGGAGGUGACCGGUUUGACCGGAAUUUAGCCAAAAAUAAAGAGCUACCCAAACUGGAAGAGAGGGUGACGGAUAUUUCUUCGGCGGAGCUCGGAAGCGAGGAUUGGGAGGCACUCGGACCAAAGGAGUCGUUUUGCGGUCGGACAGAGACAAACCAAAUCUCCGUUACCAAAAACCCACCUGGUGACCGGCGUGAACCAGCCCGGGCUGUUGUGAGCAGGUAUGUGGACGGAAGCGGUGGUGAAUUAGAUGCCGAAUGUUGCAAUCUACAGGGCAACGGACUCGAUAGAAUCGACUGCACGAACCAUCAACGCGACGGCGCAAACACGACCUGGGAUCGUGAUAGAGAUGCCUCGGUCCAGAUUAUGGAGAAUCAAUCUUUCAGAGAUAAUUGUACCAAACAGAGCAGAAGCGCUUUGGAGGCCAAGCUACCACGGGAGCUGGGGGUACCGGUUGGUUCAGACGGAGUGUGUCCGCCGGAGCAAGCUAUGAGACAGACUCUAAUGAGCUUGAGUUUGGACGCUCCAAAAAGAAGUGACGUGACUGGUUCGGCAGACUCCCAACAGACUAACUCCAUAGAGCGUAUAGUAAACCAUUCUAAUGUGCGAAUGACUAAAACGCCAGAACCUACUUCCCCUUGUCCGAUCAAAGCGUUCAGACCGGGGGAGAGGACCCAUAGCUGUCCCGUAGAGUCGGUAAACAAGUCAAGCCCUCUGAAACAACACGGAGUUCAAAGAAGCAUACCCCCAAGUCAGAGCUUCCCCGGCACAAUACCGCGACUCAUCGUGACUCGGGAGCCGAGCCCAAGUCGAACAGGGGAGUCGUGCCUUCACGGGGGCAGUGGGCCUGGCAUAAUCUCUGUGGACAUACACAUGGACGAGGAGUCGCCGUGUUCAGACAGCGGCUGUGGAGGCUCUCCGGUGCCGUCCCUGGUGUUCCGAAAGCUCUCGAGUUCGUCCUCUGCUGGGCUGUCGUCAGCCUCGUCGUUUGAGGAGUCGGAGGACGACUUUACCGGUAGCGACAUCGAACCCAAUUUAACUACAGCUGUGUUCAACAGUAUGCUUAGCAGUCCGGAGGAAGUUCCCGGGAACAAAUCGUGGAAGAAGCUGAAGACCAUGGUGCAGUGCUCCCCCUUGGUUGCGUCCUUCAAGAAGCGCUGGGUCCAGCUCGCCGGGCAUGCAGGGAACUUCCAGGCUGGGGAGCGGGGUAGGCUGCUGAAGAAGUACUGCGAGAACGAGCAGCAGUGCCUGGAGAAGCUGAUGAGCGACUCCCUCCGCCCAUUCGUCCCCGGGUACUACGGUGUCACCCAGCUCGACGAGCAGGACUACAACGUGAUGGACGACCUGCUGGCUGACUUCGACUCGCCCUCCAUCAUGGACUGCAAAAUGGGCAGCCGGACAUAUCUGGAGGAGGAGCUGGUGAAGGCCCGGGAAAAGCCCAGGCUCCGCAGGGACAUGUAUGAGAAGAUGGUUGCCGUGGAGCCAGGGGCCCCAAGCGCAGAGGAGCGAGCCCAGCAGGCCGUGCUGAAGCCCCGCUACAUGCAGUGGAGAGAGACCCUCAGCUCCACUGCCACCCUGGGCUUCCGCAUCGAGGGCAUCAAGAAAGCUGAUGGCACGUGCAACACAAACUUCAAGAAGACCAAACACAAGGAGCAGGUGAUGCAGGCACUGAAAGACUUUGUGGGCGGGAACACACAAAUCCUGAAAAGUUACCUGCAGAGAUUGGAAGAUCUGCGAACAGAACUGGCGAAUUCACCGUUCUUCAGAUCACAUGAGGUGGUGGGCAGCUCCCUACUGUUUGUCCAUGAUGGCUCGGGGCGGGCCCGGGUGUGGAUGAUCGACUUUGGGAAGACGGUGCCCCUGCCCCCGCCCCUCACCCUGGACCACCGCACCCCCUGGGUGGAGGGCAACCGUGAGGAUGGGUACCUCUGGGGGCUGGACAACCUCAUCAGCAUUCUGACCACAAUGCUGCCCGCAAGCUGAGGGAGGGUGACAGGAAGGGACCUCUCUGCCCCCCCGCCACCCCCCACCCCGAUGUGGGACCAGCUCCAUGGGACCAGCUCUGGAGGACCCAAGAGAUCACCACCAGCGGCCGCCACUUCUCAUCUCUCUGGGAAACGGGAUGGAGAGAAAAAUCUGAGAAAUGACAUGAGAGAGCUUAUGGGUCCGAACAGGAUAGAGCGACAACUGACAUGGAGAGAGAGAAACUGUGCAAACAUCUCACUGGGGAGCAAUUCGCAGCCAGGCUUCACAUUGCUGAUGGGAUUUCUGCGAAUCGCUGCAUCUCCCGGACAAUCCAUCCCCUCCUUGGGCUCUCUACUCCUCCCUGGUGGUGAGAGGGUUUGAGGCAUUGUUACUCACCUUUUCAAUUAGAAAAAUACCCUAAGUGUCCUUAGCGAGUGGAAGAGUAUUUUAUUCCUACAUGGACCGAUUUAAUUUUAAAGCGAUUUUUACAGAUGUGCUACAACACUAGAAUCUUGGAAAAACCUUUGCAGUUAUAUUUCUUUGGUUUAUUCGUCGUUUAAUGUAAAUAGUAUUUUACGUAUGCAUUGCGGAGAGACGCAUGCCAUUUGGUGGAUAUGCUGGGCGUUUCGGUUUCAACUGGAAUAGGGAGGACAUUUUUUUCUGGGAGAGAUUAACCAUUGCAGAGUUAAAGGAGAUGACCCCAUUUGGGCCAUUUUAAAGGACAGUUUACUAAACGUGGCCCAGGGAAAUGACCCCAAAGCUUGACUCGGGUUGGAAGGCAGCCAGUGGAAAAUGUGAUGGUGGGCAGCGUGUGCAGAGGCUGUAUGCUGAGGUGACAGAGGCUGAGGGUGGUGGUGGUUUGUGCUUCUGGGAGAUGUUAUUCCAUCCCCUCUGCAGGGGUUAAGCAAUGCAUUCCAGCCCUGUUCUAAAGAGGUGUCCACUGGUGUUGGGCCUGUUUCUAUUCAACUUCCUUUGUGACCAGCUGGUCUGUAUUGCACUGUUAUGCCUCAUAGAUGCUACUGAACAAAGCCAGGACUCCUAGGUGUGACAUUUUCACCCCUCAACCCCCAAAAAAAAGAAAAGAAAAAAAAAAAGUUCAGUGAUAUUUUGGUGUUCCCAGAAGAGAUUUUGGUUUUACAAAUUAAUAUUAUGGGCUAUAUUGUGGGAGCACUAGUGCCCUUAGAUACCAUAUAUAUCAGCUAUGACACAUCCGUAACAUCAUGUACGAUGUGUGUUUAGACUUGUUAAGAGGGGGGUGGGGUUUGGGGUGUUUUUUUUUUUUCUCCUUUCCCCCCCUCCCCCCACAGUCAUAGCAUUGAUUUGUUUUACUGGUAAUGUCUGCUCUGUGUAGACUUGCCGGUGUGUAAUCUGGUGUUUUAAAAAAAAAAAAUGUUUUAGUCCGAACUCUUAAGCCAUAACAGGAAAUGAACACACAGACUGCUUCACACAAAACAGUUCCCUAUUUUAGCCGAGUGUGGGAUAAAAGACCCAGCUUAUCGUAUUAAAAGCUCAUGACACACAGUCAUGGGCCUGCGUGUCAACACAGUAUCUGUGUUUGUGUGAUACAACCACAACCUUCUGAUCUCAGAUAUUGCCAGAAUGGCAAUAGGAUCUUGUGAAUUAUGAAUACUGGGUUUGAAAAUAUGUUGGGAACUUUCACUAUGACUAACUGGUGGUGUGUGAACUUGUACAACUGGUAUUUCAAAGGCAUAUUCUGUCAAAAGUUCUUUUUAAAAAGGAUUUGAAUCUUUUUAAGAAGCAAAUUUUGAUAAAUUAUUGAUUUGAAAAGAUUUGUUUUUGUGUUUUUAUUUUGGGCAUGACUGUUUGCUUAUUCACGGCAGUGUUGUAUGGUAUUGACUGAGCCCAUCACGUGGGCCUGGAACUGGGAGGUUGGGUGUAACAAUCUUAUGCUUCCUCUGGACACUGUCAUAGCAUGUGGACCAUUAGGCAGUGGACCACCUGUGAUUUCAUUAAGAGAUCAGUGCCAGUUGCGGGAUGAUUUUUAUUUUUUUAUAUGCGAUGGGUUCAAUUGAGUGUGUUGAUUUUCCUAUCUUUUAGGGUGGCUUCAAGAACUGGCCUACAUGUAAACCGAGUGUCGGUCUGUCUGCCAACAUUCCCAUUUGAGUCUUCCUCUGCAUUCCAUGACCACAAAGUAUUAAAGAACCCAUGGCUUUGUGUCAGUCUGAAACACUUCCAAACCUGAAAACUAACAAAAUGUGUCUUUCCCUAAAGCUCAAACAUCUCUUGGAGCAAAGCGAAUUGGUUGAAAACCAUUACUUUUCAUAAUAUCAUGCUUUGGCAUUUUGCAGUGUUUGUGACAUCAGACAGGGAAGAGCAGUGGGAUGUUUCUGGGGAUUUCUGCUGGCUUUGGCCUUGCUAGGUGCAGCAUGUUGAAAGAGAGCGGUAUUCUGGGUAGGAACCACAACUCUGUGUCCACUCUGUGUACAGAAAGCAAAUGCAAUAAACUGGGACCAUGAGCUAAAAAGCCUUUAUAAAGAA